AUGCGGAGUGAAACGGAUAAUUUAUCAAACAUUACGUACACAAAAGCAACCUCAUCCUCAACACUAGAACCCACCGAACUAGGCUGCGGCACCGGCCGCAACACCGCUAAACUCUUGCUCCCCCCCUCCAGCACAAAAAUAUCCUCCAUCCACGCCCUCGAUCGCUCCCCCUCCAUGCUUGACAUCGCGCGUCAGCGCUGUUCCGCCAUCACUGCCGAUAGCACCACGUCCAUUUCCUCCACAGAAUUCCACGUCUUUGACGCGCCUUCAGACACCGCGCCGCCAGAGGAGGCGUGCGGUGCGGACGCUGUGCUAUCAGCGCUAGUACUUGAACAUUUAGCCCCUGCCGUCUUUUUCGGGUCUAGAUGGGGCGGAGGGGACAGGCGGGGUUUGUAUAGUAUUGAGGAGGUGGUGGAGGAGGUGGUGGAGGAGGUGGUGGAGGAGGUGGUGGAGGAGGGGAGGAAAUGGGGGUUUGAGGUUGUGGGGGAGGUGGGGGAGAGGACAAUGGCUGAGGAAGAUUUGGAGUGA